AUGGACAUCGACGAGGAAGACGAUUUCUACGCGCCCGAGGAGCCUUCAGAGCCCUCCGGCCCUCCAGCGCCCACUGCCAAUGCAGACGCGCCCGCCGACUCGAAGCCCGAAGAGCAGGACGAUCUGGAGGAGGGUGAAGAAGAAGAUGAGGGCGGCGCAAUGGACGAGGACGAGGACGACUCGGAGAUCGAUAUUAUUACCGAGAGGAAGGACGGCACCAAGGCUGCGCCCCCAACGCAAUCAAAAUACAGCGAGAUACGGAAUAUUCCACAGAGGACGACUGGCACCGACGCCCAGGUCAAAGCUGCCGCCGCUCCCGUAAGGCAAGACCAGGCCAAGGAUGCGACAGGUGCCGAAUCGGCGCCCAUCUCUACAUCACAGGUCGACAUUAAUGCCAUACCCAUACACAAGGGCACGGGCAAGCCAAUCACUCAAGUCAACAUUGACGAAGAUCUCCCGGACAACGACAAGCCGUGGCGGAAACCGGGAACCGACCUGAGUGACUACUUCAACUACGGUUUCGACGAGUUCACGUGGGCUCUGUACGCCUCCAAGCAAGACACCCUGCGGGGCGAGUACAACCAGGACACCAUCAACCAAAACAACAAGAAGAUGAUGGAGGAGAUCAACAACAUGAUGAUGAUGGGGGGCAUGCCGAGCAUGAGUAUGCCGGGCAUGUCGGGCGCCACCGCCGCCGGUGCCGCUUCUGGCGCCUCGGCCGGCGGCAGCAUGCCCCCCAUGCCCGGGAUGGAGGGCAUGCCGCCAGAAAUGCAGGCCAUGAUGCAGCAGAUGAUGGCGUCGGGCAUGGACCCUAGCCAGAUGGAUGCGUCGGCCAUGUCGGCCAUGUUCUCGGGCAUGCAGAACGCAGGCGGUGCUCAAGCGGCCCAGGGCGGCCAGAACCAGAACUUUGGAGGAGCCGGGUUCGGCGGAGGCGCCGGCCAGGGUUACGGCGGCUACGAUCAGCAGGGCGGUGCUGGCAGGAGCGGCUUUGGUGGUGGGCGCGGGCGAGGCGGGCGCAGAAACUGGUGA